AUGGGCGACAUCUGGGAGAGGGGGGGGGGUCUAAAACAUGGGCGACAUCUGGGAGACAGGUGUCUAAAACAUGGGCGACAUCUGGGAGAGGGGGGGGGGUCUAAAACAUGGGCGACAUCUGGGAGAGGGGGGGGGUCUAAAACAUGGGCGACAUCUGGGAGACAGGGGUCUAAAACAUGGGCGACAUCUGGGAGACAGGGGUCUAAAACAUGGGCGACAUCUGGGAGACAGGUGUCUAAAACAUGGGCGACAUCUGGGAGACAGGUGUCUAAAACAUGGGCAACAUCUGGGAGAGGGAGAGGUGGUCUAAAACAUGGGCGACAUCUGGGAGAGGGGGGGGGUCUAAAACAUGGGCGACAUCUGGGAGACAGGGGUCUAAAACAUGGGCGACAUCUGGGAGACAGGGGUCUAAAACAUGGGCGACAUCUGGAAGACAGGGGUCUAAAACAUGGGCGACAUCUGGGAGACAGGGGUCUAAAACAUGGGCGACAUCUGGGAGACAGGGGUCUAAAACAUGGGCGACAUCUGGGAGACAGGGGUCUAAAACAUGGGCGACAUCUGGAAGACAGGGGUCUAAAACAUGGGCGACAUCUGGGAGACAGGGGUCUAAAACAUGGGCGACAUCUGGGAGACACGGGUCUAAAACAUGGGCGACAUCUGGGAGACAGGGGUCUAAAACAUGGGCGACAUCUGGGAGACAGGGGUCUAAAACAUGGGCGUUAUCUGGGAGACAGGGGUCUAAAACAUGGGCGACAUCUGGGAGACAGGGGUCUAAAAGAUGGGCGACAUCUGGGAGACAGGGGUCUAAAACAUGGGCGACAUCUGGGAGACAGGGGUCUAAAACAUGGGCGACAUCUGGGAGACAGGGGUCUAAAACAUGGGCGACAUCUGGGAGAGGUGGUCUAA